AUGACGGAACUAUACGUUUGGACGUCGAAACAGAACAUUCACCCCAGAGACCUGUCAGGGAUGGCCAUAUUGCUAUCUAAUACUAACAGACCUGACCCCUGUCCAGAGACCUCACCCCUGUCCAGAGACCUCACCCCUGUCCAGAGACCUCACCCCUGUCCAGAGACCUCACCCCUGUCCAGAGACCUCACCCCUGUCCAGAGACCUCACCCCUGUCCAGAGACCUCACUCCUGUCCAGAGACCUCACCCCUGCACAGAGACCUCACCCCUGUCCAGAGACCUCACCCCUGCACAGAGACCUCACCCCUGUCCAGAGACCUCACCCCUGUCCAGAGACCUCACCCCUGUCCAGAGACCUCACCCUCGUUGCACUGUAA